AAUACAAAGCAACCAUCAAGACCACCACAUGUAUUCCUCCCCCUUCCAUAUUUUGCAAGAACAAAAACAAUGAAUACAAACCCAUGUGGAAGACAACCACGUUUACAGUUCAAAAAUAGUCAGCUAAUGUAAGGACCCACCACCGACACUUCAAUUUUCUCUAUUCCCAUUUUUAUCUUUACGGCUUGAUUAACACUUGCACAAAGUAACACGUCACCUCCUCCUAUGCACCGCACUGAAAUAUUGUGCCAUCCCUAUCAUUCACUGCUCCUUCCUCCCAACCUCUUGUUUUAAAGUCUCUGUCCGUCUUUUUCUUCCUUUCACAUUCGCUACACAACAAGUGAGAGCCCAAGAAGGAGUCUCUCGUUUUCUUUACUUCCAAAAUGCCGUUUAACUUGGCGGUGGCAUUCUUUUGCGCGACAUCUUACCUUUUUGCCAUUGCCGGGGCUGACGAUCCUUACAGGUUCUUCAACUGGAAUGUUACCUACGGUGACAUUUACCCUCUGGGCGUUCGUCAAACGGGUAUUCUCAUCAAUGGGCAAUUCCCAGGCCCUGAUAUCCACUCUGUUACCAAUGACAAUCUCAUUAUCAACGUGUUUAACAGCUUAGACGAGCCUUUUCUCAUUUCCUGGAAUGGAAUCCAACAAAGGAGGAAUUCUUAUGAAGAUGGCGUAUAUGGAACAACCUGCCCUAUUCCACCCGGAAAGAACUUCACAUACAUUCUUCAGGUCAAGGAUCAAAUAGGAAGCUUCUAUUACUUCCCCUCUCUUGCAUUCCACAAGGCUGCUGGUGGUUUUGGAGGGAUCAGGAUCCUUAGCCGACCACGGAUUCCGGUUCCCUUCCCGGAUCCUGCUGGGGAUUACACUGUUCUUAUUGGAGAUUGGUACAAAUCCAACCACACGGAUUUGAAAGCUCAGCUGGAUGGUGGUAAGAAGCUACCUUUCCCUGAUGGAAUCCUUAUUAAUGGUCGUGGACCUGGUGGUGCCUCCUUCAAUGUUGAACAAGGGAAAACCUACAGGCUUAGGAUAUCAAAUGUUGGGUUGCAAAAUUCUCUCAAUUUCCGCAUCCAAAACCACAGGAUGACGUUGGUGGAAGUGGAGGGAACACACACUCUUCAAACUACCUACUCGUCAAUAGACCUUCACCUUGGCCAAUCGUGUUCUGUUUUAUUUACAGCUGAUCAGCCUGCACAAGACUAUUACGUUGUGGUCUCCGCUCGCUUUACCGACACUGUCCUCACCUCUACAGCAACUCUUCGUUAUAGCAAUUCUGCUGGACCUGUCUCUGGUCCUCCUCCGGGUGGACCCACCAUCCAAAUUGACUGGUCUUUGAACCAGGCCCGCUCUAUCAGGACUAACCUUACAGCAAGUGGACCAAGGCCUAACCCACAGGGUUCAUACCACUAUGGUCUCAUUAACACAACCAGAACCAUCAGGCUUGCAAAUUCUGCCGGGCAAGUUAACGGCAAGCAAAGAUAUGCAGUUAACAGUGUUUCCUUUGUUCCAGCGGACACUCCUCUGAAACUUGCCGACUAUUUUAGAAUUGACGGAGUUUUUCGCGGUGGAAGCAUAUCCGAUAAUCCUUACGGGGGAGGGAUAUAUCUUGACACUUCAGUUAUGAAUGCUGAUUAUAGGUCUUUUAUUGAGAUUGUGUUUCAGAAUGAUGAGGACAUUGUACAGAGCUGGCAUCUUAGUGGCUACUCUUUCUUUGUUGUUGGCAUGGACGGGGGGCAAUGGACACCAGAUAGUAGGAACGGAUACAACCUCCGGGACGCAGUUUCUCGUUGUACCACUCAGGUGUAUCCUAAGUCAUGGACUGCCAUUUAUGUGGCACUUGACAACGUAGGAAUGUGGAACGUGAGGUCUGAGUAUUGGGCAAGACAGUACCUUGGACAACAAUUUUAUUUGCGUGUGUACACAACCUCAACUUCACUCAGGGAUGAGUACCCCGCCCCCAAGAAUGCACUUCUUUGCGGUAGGGCAAGCGGCCGAAGCACCCGACCCCUUUAAGCGUGAAUAGAAUAGAGUUGGGCAGAGAAAAUCUGUCCAGCGUAGGUGGAAAAAGAUUGAAGAGCAGAGUUUUGCCUUAUAAUCUUACUAUUUAGCCCAUUAAUUGUGCUAAUGUGAGGUGUGGAUGAGCAUGUAUGAUUGGAGCUUUAAUAUUAAUAGACCUCAGCUCGAGGUCGCAUUCUUUCUUACCAUGAUUUGUAUUCCCAUUGUAUCGUUCAACUUUUCGAGCUUUAAUUAUUUCUUUCAUAUAUUGAAGCCAGCAUUGUUCUGUUUGUUAAUCAAGUAUUAUAUUAAGAUAAAGAAAUGGUUCUUUUCACCCAAAAAAAAAAAAGAAAAAAGAAGAAAGGAAUGGUUGCAACAGCUUUGGCAUGAAUCAAGUAUUGUUUUUUUUUUUUUGGUAAGUCAGUUUGUUCAUCCAAAAAAGUAGGCUAGCCUAUUACAAAUUGUAACAUACUGCUCUAUACCUGCGUCAGAGUAAUUACAAUAGCUGAACUUCAAUGUUAAAAAUUCACAUGUUUUGUUAA